UUAACCUUACAGAAAAGUUGUAUGCUCUUACGAAUGCUGUAAUUUGUAGAGCAGCAUUUGGGAAGGGAGAAAAGAAGAAUCAGCAUAUUUUAUGUCUUUGAUAAAGGAAGUGUCCUUAAUGGUAACCGGUUUGGAUAUAAGUGAAGUGUUUCCUUCACUCAAAUUUUUGCAUGCUAUUCUCGGAAAUGAAGCGCACAAGGAGAAGCUGCAAAUUAGUAAGCUGAAAAAGGAUGGUGAAGAAGAAUCAAUUAGAAAAGAAGAUUUAGUGAAUUUGCUAUUAAGACUCCAAGAAAGUGGCACUCUUGAAUUUCCUUUCACUGCAGACAAUAUCAAAGCAGUCAUAUUGGACAUGUUUUUAGCCGGGACUGAGACUUCAGCAACCAUUCUUGAUUGGGCAAUGGUAUAAAAGAUGAGAAACCCCAAAGUCAUGGAAAAGGCACAAAUAGAAUUGAGACAAAUUCUCAAGGGAAAGAGAAGAGUAAUAGAGAAUGAUUUAAAAGAAGUGAGGUAUCUAAAGUUAGUAAUCAAUGAAACUCUGAGAUUACAUCCACCACUUCCUUUGUCACUUCCAAGAGAAUGCAGGGAGCAAUAUGUAAUUAAUGGAUAUGAUAUUCCCAUAAAAACAAAGGUAAUUGUAAAUGCAUGGGCAAUUAAUAGAGAUGUUGAGUUUUGGGAGGAUGCUGAGAGCGUUGUGUCACGAUCCAAAAUCCACUAAGGGUCGUGAUGGCGCCGUACACCACUGUCAGGCAA